CGACCCACGUACAGCCGGAUAGCAGAGACGACCUGGAAAAGAGGAGGAAGAUACGAAGGAUGCUGUUUCUUCCAGCUAAAGAGGUUGAGCGAGACCUGUCAUUCCAUGGAGAUACCCUCAUCGUUCCGGUGGUCAGCACGGGAAAUGUCGGCCAGCUCGCGGUGGACCUGUUCCUCAGUUCGGGCAGGGUACAGUCGCCAGCGCUGGUAGAGAAAGUGGGAUACCUCGAAACCGACCGUGUGGCCCCCGCGGCGGGGUACGAGGUCUUCAGCCCCGGCCAGCCGCCCGUUCUGUGCGUCAGCCUCGAGCUGCACCGAUUCGCCAAGAGCGGCGUCACCGUGCUCCAGCAGCGGGGCGCCGUGCUGCCGGGAGAGGAACGCUCCUUCGCCGCGGAGCUCGUGGAGUGGGCGAGGGAGUCAGGCUUCAAGGACGUGCUUGCCCUGACCGGGGCAGACGCUGCUGAGGGGCUGGACCCGACUCCGAUCGGACGAGGAGGGAUGAAGCGAUACCGCGCAGGAACAUCCGCGGCGGCGUUGGCGCCGCAGUCUCCCGAACCUUGCCCACUGGAAGAGGCGCUAUCGCGGGUGGGGAUAGGGGCGUUCGACGUGGCGGGCGUCAUGCAGGGAGGGUGGCAGAACUUGAUGGCGGCACCAAUGGGGGGUGGUGCUCUGGACGCCCCGGGGGGGGCGGCGGCUGGCGGUGUUGGCCUCGGAGCGGGGGGUGCGGGCGAGGAAGAGGAGGAGGAGUUGGCGCUAGCCAUGGCGAUGGCGGGGAAUGAGACGGCGAUGCCUCCAAACCUCCCCCCCUUACCUUCCGGCACCGGCGUGGCGGGUUUCCUGUGCACGGAGGCGUCGUCGACAAGAACAGCGGCAGACGGGGAAACGGAGGGGCCGACCCCCCCCCUGGUCGUGCUCCUUCGAUUCUGCGGGGAGGGGGACAACACCCCGGAGGCGAUCGAGAUGGCGCAAGCUGUGAACGCCUCCUUGAAGCUGCUCCCGGGAGGAGGGGACGGGGAAGGCGAAGCGGAGGUGCGAUGGAGCUCUCCGCUCUCCUGGGCUUCUCUCUACGGCCUUCCCCCCUCUGCCGACGCCUACCAAUAGGGUUUCCAACGGAUCAGCCGGACGUCGAGAAUCCAAUUCCUUGCCGAAUAGUGCGGAAGGGGAGGGGUCGUUGGGUAGAGGUUCUGGAACCAUUUUCGAUGCAGCGGCGACAUAACCAACGGG